GCCUGGUCCUUUUUCCUGCAACACCAGACUGACCGCAACCCGCCAUCCUGCGCCAAUUCACCACUGAAGCGGAUUCGAUCAAAUUCGAUCAACAGUGCAGCAACCCGCACACCAUGGUUCAGAUCAGCGAGGUUCGCGGCAACAGCCGCGACCACCGCACUGCGGCGCACACACACAUCAAGGGCCUCGGCCUCAACUCCCAGGGCAUCGCCGAGAAGCAUGCCGCCGGGUUCGUCGGCCAGACGGCUGCGCGUGAGGCCUGUGGUGUCGUCGUCGACCUCAUCAAAGCACACAAGAUGGCCGGGCGCGGCGUGCUGCUAGCGGGCGGCCCGGGGACCGGCAAGACGGCGCUGGCGCUGGCCAUCAGCCAAGAGCUCGGCACCAAGAUCCCCUUCUGCCCCAUCACGGGCAGCGAAAUCUACUCGACCGAAGUGAAGAAGACCGAGGUGCUCAUGGAGAACUUCCGCCGCGCCAUCGGCCUCAAGGUCCGCGAGACCAAGGACGUCUACGAGGGCGAGGUGACGGAGCUGACCCCCGAGGAGGCCGAGAACCCCCUUGGAGGCUACGGCAAGACCAUCAGCACGCUGCUGAUCGGGCUCAAGAGCGCGCGCGGACAAAAGAAGCUGCGCCUGGACCCGAGCAUAUACGAGGCCAUCCAGAAGGAGCGCGUCCAGGUCGGCGACGUCAUCUACAUCGAGACCAACACGGGCGCCUGCAAGCGCGUGGGCCGUUCGGACGCCUACGCGACCGAGUUCGACCUCGAGGCCGAGGAGUACGUGCCGAUUCCCAAGGGCGAGGUGCACAAGAAGAAGGAGAUUGUCCAGGAUGUGUCGCUGCACGACCUCGACGUGGCCAACGCCCGCCCCCAGGGCGGCCAGGACAUCAUGUCCAUGAUGGGCCAGCUGAUGAAGCCCAAGAUGACCGAGAUCACCGAUAAGCUCCGGUCCGAGAUCAACAAGGUGGUCAGCAAGUACAUCAACCAGGGCGUGGCCGAGCUCGUGCCCGGUGUGCUCUUCAUCGACGAGGCGCACAUGCUGGAUGUCGAGUGCUUUACCUACCUGAACCGGGCGCUUGAGUCGCCCAUUUCGCCCAUCGUGGUCCUGGCUUCCAACCGGGGCAUGUGUCCCAUCCGUGGUGCCAAUGACCUGGUGGCAGCCCACGGUGUACCCCCCGACUUCCUCUCCCGUCUCCUGAUCAUCCCCACCCACCCCUACGAGCCCGACGAGAUCAAGCGGAUCGUGCGAGUCCGGGCGUCGACCGAGGGCGUCCAGAUUACCGACGCCGCCAUCGACAAGGUUGCCGAGCAUGGCGUGCGCAUCAGCCUCCGCUACGCCCUCCAGCUGCUCACCCCUGCGAGCAUCCUCGCCCGGGUCAAUGGCCGCACCCAGAUCGACGUGCAGGAUGUUGCCGAGUGCGAGGAUCUCUUCCUGGAUGCUCGGCGUAGCGCGGACGUGCUGGCGAGCGAGUCCGGCCAGGGCUUCAUCUCAUAAUUACAUUCUCGCGGCCACCAGGGGAGCGCCUCCAGUUAGCGAUCGGCUCACUCAGUAUCGGGGCUUGACGGGGGUCAGGGGGCGCAACUAGUCAUAUUUCCGAUUUCUUUUGUUCUUUGGCAUGUAUGAUAAAUUGAGGGCACGCACGGGCAGGUCUGGGAAAACUGCGUUGCAGAUCGGAGUUGGCGCGGGGGUGCUGCUGUCUUGAAAAUUCUGACUUUCUUGAUUCCUUCCCUCU